AAGCCGAAGCAUGCGAGGAGCGGCUGCCUUCGCUUCGAUAAUCAGUUAAGUUGUGACUGUACGCGACAAAAGCAAUCAUGGCACCCAAGUAUGUCGCAUGCACGUCGGCGCUCCUCAUGGUGGGGGCGUCGGCCUUCGUGGCGCCCGCGCCGGUGCUGAGGAGCUCGGUCGCAUCCGCCCGGUCGGCGUCGACUCCCAUGCGCAUGAUUGCUGGAGACGAGGAGCCAUGGUUCGCCGAGGCAGUGGCGGACAACUUGGCAGAUGUGGCACAGCUCUCCUCCGUGUCCGACCGCGGCCUCAGCGGAAAGCUGGACUUCCUCGAGGCGGACCCCUACUAUGACCAGUCCAACAUCCCCGUCAACACCUACAAGGCCAAGGACCCGAUGAUCGGUAAGGUCGUGUCCGUGAAGCGCAUCGUGGGACCGGAGGCCACCGGCGAGACGUGCGACGUGGUGAUCAACCACGGCGGGAAGAUGCCCUACUGGGAGGGACAGUCCUACGGCGUCAUCCCCCCGGGCAACAACUGGAAGACGGGCAAGCCCAACGGCGUCCGGCUGUAUUCGAUCGCCUCCUCCCGUUACGGUGACGACAUGACCGGUACCACCACCACCCUCUGCGUGCGCCGCGCGACCUACUGGGACGAGGAAAUGGGCAAGGAGGACCCCGCUAAGAAGGGUGUCUGCUCCAACUACCUCUGCGACGCCGAACCGGGCGCCAAGCUGAAGCUCACCGGCCCCUCCGGAAAGGUGAUGCUCAUGCCCGAGGACAAGCCCGAGACCGACCUCAUCAUGAUCGCCACCGGUACCGGUAUCGCCCCGUACCGGUCGUUCGUCCGCCGUCUGUUCGCAGAGGCCACCCCCGCGAAGGAGGCCUUCAAGGGCCAGGCGUGGCUUUUCCUGGGUGUUGCCAACUCGGACGCCCUCCUCUACGAUGCGGAGUGGCAGCAAGUGCUCAAGGAGUUCCCCGACAACUUCCGCCUCGACUACGCUCUGUCCCGCGAGCAGAAAAACAAGUCCGGCGGAAAGAUGUACAUCCAGGACAAGGUGGAGGAAUACGGUGACGAAGUUUUCCAGAAGUUGAGCGAGGGAGCACACAUCUACUUCUGCGGGCUCAAGGGCAUGAUGCCCGGUAUCCUUAACAUGCUCGAGAAGGUCGCGACCAAGAAGAAGCUGAACUGGGAAGCGUUCCUCAAGGACCUCAAGCAGAAGGGCCAGUGGCACGUGGAGGUGUACUAGGCUGCUUCCAGUACAAGAGAAACGGAGAGCAAACAGCAGCAGUCGUGGCUAGGAUAAAAAGCUCUGUCUUGGCUGCGAUUUCGCGGUGCCCCCUAGUAGUCGAUCAAUUUUUUGUCCGGUUUCUCUGUUGACGUCUCCCUUUUCUUGGCCGCAACAGUUUUGGAAAGCCCCGAUAGUGUGGUUUUGGACUUGGUUGUCCGCUAGAUGGCGGGAGGGCAAUCGUGGUCGUAACAUGCUCUCUCUAGCUUUUUAAGUCAGGGCCCUCGUCCAUCGAGCGACCUGAGUCUUUCCUACCUUUUUCCUGGUGUCCUGUCUUUGUUCUUUCUCGAAUCGUUGUAAAGCUGACGAGUCGGGGGCGUUGAGGAAGAGAGGGACGGGGUAGGGGGUAAUUAUCGUAGCGUCCGUUUUCCGCGAAUCUUUGCAUUGGGUUGCGGGGGCGCUUCAUCUCGUUCGCCAUUCAUCUGGCUGGUGAGAUGUAGAGAGCUUGCAGGGGUUCAGAUAGGAAGAGAAGGGAAAAGGAAGAAGACUAGUUGUUUGUUAACUUUAGAGAAGCUGUUUUGCGUAUAGAAAUUGUUCGGCGCUCUUUAUUGUCCCAAUCUCUCACAAUUAGGGCGGCGGGGGGACGGGGUUGACUAGAGAAGCUUCUUAGAGAACGGCUAAGCACGCAACAACCCUUGACUGUGGAGAAGCUCGCUAGCCACUUUUCCAUUUAUCUCUUGUCCUUGUUUUAGAAAGGCUCUUUAUGUGUGUUUCUUGUUCCGCGUCCAAAGCAUUAGCAAGGCGCGUGGAGAAGAAAUCAGGCAUGGGAGAGCGAACGCCGCGCGUGGCCAUGUGUUUGCGUGUGUGCGUGAUUUUGAUCACCACCAACAAAGUGCUUUCCUGAUCUUUUGCGGCGCCAACAGCCGAAUUUUUUGUUAGAGGUAAGUCUCACAGAGAGACUACAACCCGUUCGAGAUAUGUAACCACAGCCGGAAGGGAUGUGCCUAAGUCUUUUCAGUUUGUGGAGGGAAACCGGCUGGAAACGGAGCUUAUUUGUAGUUUGUUGUACGCGUAAACACUGAGCUGUGUCGGUGAGCCGUUUGCACCGCGACGAUCGGCGACUCUCUUGCCAUCGUUCGGCGUUGUAAAUUUGGGGCUUCUUUGAUGGGCCAAACGGUUCAUUUUGACGAGGGUGGCGCGGAGGAAAGCGGCUCUCAAAGAUCUGCACCAUCACAGCUUGUAAGGAAAAAUAAGUGCACAUACCGAAAGAUUACCCAUUCGAGAUA